AUGGAAGAUAAUGACAUCGUUAUUCCAGGCCAGAGGAUAGCCUUGGAAAGUAGCAAUACAAGAGAGUCUCCAGGGGUUUACAGAAGUUUGGAUGGAACGACUUAUGCCUCAAUAGUAUGCUUAAAGUCAUCUCUUGGAAGUAUUCAAACUCAUUAUUCUAUAGGAUCUAUUGUAUUAGGAGUUGUAAGUAGAGUACUUCUACGAAAAGGCGUGGAAAUAAGAUUAGUUGGGAAUAUAAAUAAAGGUUUAAAAGUUGAAUAUGAUAGUAUAUUUGGUUUACUACGACCACAAGAUAUUGGUUGCUGGAAUAUUGGUAAACAUAGUGAAAGUACUGAUUCAGGUUUGAUAGGUGAACAUUUAGAAUCUAUAGGAUACUACUGGAUAAAUGACUGCUAUAGACCAGGGGAUAUAGUUAAAUGUACAAUUAUAAGCGUAAGUCCCCAGAUAUUAGUAUCAACUAAUCAAGUAGAUUUAGGAUGCGUAUUUACACCAUGUACGGCUUGCAAUGGAGAAAGAAUGGCAUAUCCGAUAUCCUAUAAUACUGUACUUUGUAAAGAUUGUAAAACGCCUAUGCUACGGAAAACUUCAAGACCUUGCUUUUAA